GGCUUUUCGGACAUCAACUGGGACCCUGCAACUCUGCAACGGCUCAAAUGGCGACGGUCGGUAGAUUAUAACCGGAUCAACUACGGGGUACAGUACACUACCUAAGUUUGAGGCGCGCCAAGGACUCCCCGCACCUCUCGCAGUUGCUUGGGUGGAGCUCGGGCCCAAGACAAACGGGCGGUCAAUUGCCAAUGCCGGCGCCCCAUUUGACGGCUUCGACGGGGUCCUGACCUCCGCCCGCUCGAUGAGCUGCAUCCCCCCGUUUAAGUGCCGGCGCCGCCGAACGGUGCUCGCCUCGUCGUGGCUCUCCGUGCUCGCCGUCCUGGUGCUGCUGUGGUUCUAUCUCUACACCUUCGACUACGGGUCCGACCAGCGCGAGUUGCCUGCUGCGAUUCAGUUCGUGGCCAACGACGGGAAGCCGGGGCUGGACCAUCCGGAUAACGCCGACCGAGCGAAGCCGACAACCACCGCCGCCACGCCGCCGGCCAUGACGACCAAGGAGAGGCCCCGUCCGACCGCGACGGAGCCCGCCGUCAAACUCCGCCAGGGCACCUACAUCGGCACCACCCUUCUUGCCUCGCCACGGCUCCCCAAGUCGAUCGAGGCCUUCCGCGGCGUGCCCUACGCCCAGGACACUGGCGGCCAGAACCGCUUCCGGCCGCCACAGCCGCUCCCCGAAUCCACCGAGACGUUUGACGCAGUGGCCUGGGGCAAGAUAUGUCCGGCCGACGGGGUGGUGCGUCGCAACAUGAGCGAGGACUGCUUAAAUGCAAACAUCUACCGGCCUGCUGGGUUGGUUGACAAGGACGGGUACGAGCGGACCGGCGACCAGGGGGCGGCGCGGAAGAGGCCACGGCUGCCCGUCGUCGUGUACGUGCAUGGCGGCGGCUUCAACACCGGCCACGGGGCCGAGCGCAAUAUGGCAACCUUCAUCGCCUUUGCCGAGGCGCCCAUGGUGGCUGUUAACUUCAACUACCGGGUCGGCCCGCUGGGGUUUCUGCCGUCCGAUGUGACUGCGCGGGAAGGGCUGCUGAACUUGGGGCUGCGGGACCAGCAAAUGCUGCUCGAGUGGGUGCGCGACAACAUCGAGGCGUUUGGCGGUGACCCUGGGAACGUCACCCUCAUGGGGCUCAGCGCGGGCGCGCACUCGAUCGGCCAUCACAUCAUGCACUACUCGCGCUCCUCCAAACCGGCACCCUUCGCCAGAGCCAUACUCGAGUCCGGCGCCACCACCGCCCGCGCCGUUUUCUACCCAACCCACCCCCGCCAUCUCGUACAGUUCCGCGAGUUCCUCAUCGCCGCCGGCGCGGGGGGCGUCCCGGAAUCCGAGAUCUUCCCCUACCUCCGUACGCUUCCGCUCAAAACCAUCGUCCGUGCGGGCAAGGUUGUCUGGGACAAGUACUCGGCCAACGUUACCUGGCCCUUCCAACCGGUCAUCGACGGACCGAACCCCCUCGCCAACUCCAGCAUCCCCGACGCGCCCGCGCUCCCGCCCCUGAUCCCCGAUCUUCCCAUCAACUCCUGGCGCUCCGGCCAGCAUCUCCGGAUCCCCAUCAUCACCGGCUUCAACACGAACGAAGGCACCGUCUUCAUCCCGCCCAAGGCCAACACGGCCGCCGAGUUCCGCGCCUUCUUCCAGACCCUCAUCCCCUCCCUGACCUCGGCCGACCUCGACAAGCUCGAAGCGCUCUACCCGGACCCGGUCACCAACCCGUCCGCGAGCCCAUACACCAAAGUUCCCCGGGGCAUGGGCAAGCAGUGGGCGCGGCUCGACGCCGCCUACGCGCACUACGCGUACAUCUGCCCCGUGCUGCAGACGGCGCACUUUAUGUCGCUCGCCUCCGGCGGCGCCAGUAGCAACGUGUACGUGUACCAGUACGCCGCGACGGCGGCGCACGGCACGGCCAACCACGCCGACGAGGCGCCCGUCGCGGCGCACGACCUGGCCGACCUCGGCGGCGGCGUGCCGGGCCUCGAGGCCGUCGCGCGCGAGAUGCACGGCGCGUUCGCCCGCUUCGUCGCCGGCGUCGCCGGCAGCGGCAGCCCUAACGAGGGCAACGCCGGCGGCGAGAAGGGCCUGCCCUGGCCCGCGUUUGUGUCGCCUUUCACCACCGCCGCCACCGCUGGGAGUGGCGCCGGGGCCGGCAAGAUCAUGGUGUUUGGCGAGGGGAAUGACGAGCGCAGCGGGGGCCGCCACAGGGGCGUGCCGGCGCAGGUGCGCGAGAUGACUGAACUGGAGAAGGAGGCGUGUCGGUUCUGGUGGGAGAGGAUUGGUCUGAGCCAGGGGUUUGGCAGGAGGGAGCCGGAGGCUUUGAAGAAGCAAGGCGGAGCGAAGUUGUAGAUUUUUUGGGGGUUGGGAAGGGGGGAGGCAGGCCUUCUUUGCCAUGCUGCUUGCCGGACGGUGGAUUGUAUGAUACACGGGACACUGGCCUGUCAUGGAAAGUGCAUAAAGGCGUCCGCGGCGUUUUUAGCUGUACUACCUAGGUGCUUGCGGUCUGUUUUCCAGCAUAUUGAUAGGAGAAAAUUGUUGUCGCCAUGUUCCUUGCCUUUGUAUCAACUCACAGGUACAUAUAUAUGAAGGUACCAUACCGGGUUGGAGCGGU